ACUCAAACUGCUACUGAUCUAUUAUUAUGUCUGAAUUCUAUUCGGAUGCUAGAUCAGGUGUUCAUUUCAGUUCUGUUGGUUAUUUUGGUGAUGAAAUCAAUGUUUGGAAUUUGAUAAAAAAGUCACAUUAUCACCAGUCGUUAUCUGCUUGUCUGUGGCAUCAAAACUCAAAGUUACCUAGUUACAUUGUUGCAGGUUAUAAUCUUAUUAUUUUGUAUUUGACCUAGUGAUGAGAGGGUUGGUAUUGAUACUUGUAGUGCUCGGUGUGCCCGUUCUAUCUGAUAACGUUACAGCUGAACUAUCAGAGGGGGAUCUCUCUGGUGUUAACAGCGCGGUUAACAGCGUGGUUAACAUUACCUCCACUUCUCUUCACCACCCACUACCUGGGUGCCAAAUUAUUGUUGAAAAAGCUAAAGUGGUGAACAAAGGAAUCGCUUCAAAACUGUCGGUAAGAAUCGAGAGAUAUGGACAAGAAGAUAUUGAAGUGGUCGUCAGCUCGGACGGAAAUUAUACCGCCGGAAUGGAGUUAAAGAACGGAUAUGCCCGAGAGUUUGAAACAGAAAUAACAGCGUUGAAACUAGGAACAACUCAUUACAACAUUUGUGUGUCAGGAUGUGGAGAGUGCGAGAAAGUGGCCCUGUUUGCUAUCCCAGCUCCCCUGACUCUACUACCUCCCAUACUGACGGUCCUUCUAGCUAUAGUCACCAAACAGGUGCUGUUGUCCCUUAGUUGCGGAGUGUUUGCUGCUGCCUUCCUAGCCAACGCCUACAAUCCUGUGGAAGCGUUUAUCGACACUUUUGAUAACUACCUUGUUCUUCCUUUCCUGGACCCUGGCAAGUCAGGGGUAAUAGUAUUCUGUGCACUGAUUGGUGGACUGAUUGAGAUAAUGCAAAAGAGCGGUGGGGCAGACAGUCUGACCCGACAGAUCUCCAGAUUCACCAGCUCCCCACACCAUGCAGCUGUUGUUACUGCCGUGCUCACCUUGCUGUUCUCUUUUGAUGACUUCGCAGGUAUCAUGAUAUCGGGUAAAAGUAUGGGCCCUCUAGUUGCCAAACUGGGGCUCAGUGUUCAGAAGUUCUCCUUCAUUGUCCACAUGAUGGCAGUCUCUGUGGCAAGUCUCUGCCCACUUUCCAGUUGGGCUGGUAUUCAGAUCGGUUACAUAGAAUCCUCCUUUGACCUGGUUAACGUGGAGGUAUCCGGCUUCAGCUACCUGCUCCAAUCUAUACCUUACAGAUUCUUUGUAGUGACCGGGCUACUCUCCACUGUUAUCUACAUCUUGUUUGACAAGGACAUCGUGCCGAUGAUAACAUACGAAGAAGACAACCUCGCUAAAAAGGAGUCACCUGACCCCGAAAACAUAACAAUGAAGUAUGAAAAUGAUGAAGAUGAGGUUUCAGAGGAGAGUAAAGUACCAGAAAGGUGGUACAAUGCUAUCGUGCCGUUAGUGGUACUGGUUGCCAUAUCACUCCUACGCAUGUACUUUGACGGAAAACAGGUGAUAUUAGCAUCUGGUGAGGAUAUUGCCACAACGUUCAUGAACUGUGCUAGCAAGUGUAACUCUAUAAACUGUCUAAUUGUCGGAACUUCUGUAUCUUUAGUGCUUACACUUGUGUUAAUACCAGUACAGAGAAUAAUGGGGGUAGCAAAAUGUGCGGAGUAUUUUGUGGAGGGAGUAAAGGGAAUGUCAGAGCCUAUAAUGAUACUGAUACUGGCCUGGUCGCUAGGGUUUGCUAUGAACGAUAUUCAUACUAGCGAGUACAUUGCAGGAGCGCUAGGUGAGAACAUGCCGGUAAAGUAUUUCCCAUCCCUGGUGUGUCUAAUUGGGUACGCUAUGUCCUAUGCUAGUGGCUCAGCUAUGGGAACCCAAGGUAUCAUAUUCCCGCUGAUAGUACCAGUGGUGGUGCACCUCACAUCCGAUACUGAGAUCUACGUGAAGACUAUUGCAGCUGCGUUCAGCAGCACAGUGUUUGGUAAUCUGUGCUCUCCUAUUGCUGACACCACUAUUGCUAGUGCUCUCUUUACAAAUUGCCCUAUGGUGGACCACCUCAAAGUAAUGUCCACAUUCUGCGUCCCUAUCGCUGUCCUGACCAUUCUAUUCGGGGACCUAUUUGUAGGAAUGGACCUCUACCCGUACUACGUAUCCUACCUCAUCCUUAUCUUCAUAGUGGCGACAGUAUUUAUCCUGUUUGGCAGGUAUCCAGGGAGGAGGUCACUGUUUCAAGUCCUGUUGGACGAAGUGCGGGGUAUUAGGAGGGUUAAAAGUGAUAGUAGUACUGAAAGUGAGGUUAAUGAGAGGACUGCUCUUGUGGGAGGGGAUACUAUUUAGACUGUGUGAAGUUAAAUGGUAGGGGAAGUUAAGACACACUUUCAUUGUUAAGAAGGGGAAGUUAAGAUGUCUUCAUUGUUAGGAUGGUGAAACUGAGAUAUGUCAUUGUUAGGAUGAGGAAAUUGAGAUAUUUUCAUUGUUAUGAUGGUGAAAUUAAGACGUUUAUCAUUGUUAGGACGGAGAAAUUGAGGAGACGUUAAUAACAUUGUACAGUUGAAUUUUAUAGUGAAAUUGCAAUGCAGCAUAUGAUUAUGUUACUGGUCAAUAAACUGGAAACUCGUUGACCGAAUUGUUAAUUUGUUGAUUUAUAUCUUGCUUAUGUUUUAUAUGAAUACCAUUGAUGAUAUUUUUAGAAAUAAAAUGUAUGAAUUUCAUUGAGAAAAAUCUG